AUGCUCUCUGGUCAGCUUAUCUCACCACCAACAGUACUUUCGGGCUCCGGAGCAUCAGUACGCAAAGCCAUCCCUCGGAUUGCGUCACCUAGCUCAUCCUGCCAUCAAACACCCACUUCACCUGGAUCUGGCCUAACGCCGCCCUCUGCUUCUGCUGCGUCUACGCCUCUCAGUGUCACUGUGAAAUUGUCAGUCGGCGGUGGCAACUCGGGAGUUGCUGGUGCAUCAGCAACAGGAAGUGGAGGAAUUUGUCACCAUCAUCCACGCAAAAGCCGUGGAUCGCCCCCGGGGCCCGGUGAUGCCGCGGCUGGCUCUGGUCUCGUUGGUGUGAGAAAACGUAGUCCUGGUGGCACCCCUUUAAGCAGCAGUAGCAGUGCUGUACGCACGAGUAAUCUUGGUGGUGUAAGCACUGCUGGUAACGGUAAUAUUAGCAGCAGCAGUGGAGGGGGUGGAGGAGCUUCCUCCUCAAGUGGGGGUAAGCCGCAUAGACAGAACUUCACUCCUACACAGAACCGAAUUCUCACUGAGUGGUAUCAAGUACAUUCGCAUCGGCCCUAUCCAUCAACGGACGAUACCAAGUUUUUGGCCAAGCAAGCUGGUCUAUUUUACUCUCAGAGUAGCUGUGUGAUCGGCACAGCUAGUUCAGACGAGGGGGCUUGCUUCCGUCACUGUGCUAGCCGUCCACAGGCAGACUGGUGGACUGCCGAAUGUGCCCAUGUUCAUGCUCUAGUCCGGCCCGGUCCAUUCCGGUCCGGUCCGAGCCGGUCGGCUAUUCUCCUGUCCGUCUGUGCCUGGUCGUGUGUGUCCACUCCAGGCCGGUCUGGUCUUGUCUGUCAGUGCGAGUUGACACCGAACGCACUCGGGCCGCGUGCACUCCCAGUCCACGCUGCAACAGGCCCCGGUAGGUGGGCUGAACGCGCCAGCACGACUGCUCCCCACACCCUUGCUCCUCCACGCCGGCCUGCAUUGGGCACAGAGCCCGGCCACUCGUGGCCGACUGAUCCGGACGGCCAAGCCGCCGAAACGCACUCAGCCGCAGCACGGACAGACUCUGAGCGGGCACGGGCACACACACACACACACACACACACACACACAUGCACACACACACACACGCGAUGGAGGCAAGCACAAGUCCAAGUAAGCACACAGAUAAGACAUGUUCUCGGCCAGAUGAUUGUCGAUUCCCUUGCCCUUAACGGCAUACCGGCACGGUCGGCACUGCCGUCGGCCGCUCAUACGCACUCAUUUCCCAUUUUUAAUGUGCACUCAGCGCUCGAGGUAGAGACGUCGAGCCUGACUCUCCUGCCUCGGCAGACCGAGCCUGCGUCAGUCGAUUUUGCGUGUGUCUUCAUGCUGCGACGCGGCCAGAAACAGAGACAUCGCGCCUGGAUAUCGUGGCGACUAAAGGCAAAGGGGAUCGAUACACAGCCCCAAUGUUCGCCCAAUCAGGAGAGCACAGUUUCUCCUAUUCUUAUCCUCCCCAGUCUGGCCGGCCCUCUUCCCUUGGGCGUCAUCGUGUACAACACCGUGACACGUUUCAGUCAGAUGCUUAGGCUUGUCGGCCGAGCGAAGGAGAGAUAA